AUGCAGCGCACUCCACCGCCCCAAGUUCCCUGGGUAUCCACCACAACAUUCCAUAGUCUUCCAACACCAGCGCCCUCACCACAACUCUUUCCACAAUUACCAGAAGCAACAGCGGAAAGCACAUGCACCUCGACGACAACCACAAUCUUAUCGACCCAAGCUGAAGAUUUCAGCCGCACAGUUCGAAUGGGCUUUCAAAACAUGGAUAAUUUACAACGACAACGACUUCUCGCCGAACUAUUAAACACAUGUAAUACCGAGCAACUAGUAUUUGUCUCGAACUAUAUCUCACCACGUUUGAAACGCGAUUUCUUAAAAGACCUCCCGAUAGAAAUCAGUUUGCACAUUCUUUCAUUUAUCGAUGACCCAAGGACUCUUUCGAGAGCUUCGAUCGUCUCAAAAUGUAAUAGCAAUAUUAAUAGCAGUAGUAGCCUAUUACUAGAAUCUUCAAGUUCAAAUUCUCGAUGCAUGAGAUUUUCUUACAAAGAUCAUUUUCGACGACGGUAUGUUGUGGAAUCGAAUUGGAAAAAUGGAGGAAGGACACUAAAAACACAUAUAAGUCCUGAUUCGGGCGUUGUUACUUCUUUGCAGAUGUGUGAAAAUUUCAUUGUUGUUGGCAUGGAUAACAAAAAGAUUCAUAUAUUUGGUGCAUCGAAUGGAAGAUACGUGAAAACCUUGACUGGUCAUGAAGGUGGAGUCUGGGCAUUACAAUAUUAUGAUGAAGUCUUGGUGUCAGGAGGAUGUGAUAGAGAUGUCCGAGUAUGGAAUCUCAUCACUGGGCAAUGUAAACAUGUUCUUCAUGGCCACACUUCUACUGUUCGUUCAUUAAAGAUGAAGAAUAGUAAAAUAGCUGUUAGCGGAUCUCGAGACACAACUCUCCGUAUUUGGGAUAUUGAAGAAGGUCGGAUGCUUCACUUGCUUGCCGGGCAUCAAGCGAGCGUACGAUGUAUAGAAAUAUACGAGAAUUUGAUUGUGUCUGGAAGUUAUGAUUGCACCGCUCGUGUUUGGGAUAUGUCGACAGGACAGUGUCUACAUGUUCUUCAAGGACAUUUUUCACAAAUAUAUUCGAUUGCAUUUGAUGGACAAAAAAUAGUGACUGGAUCUCUCGACGCAACUGCUCGUGUAUGGUCAGCACAAACCGGUCGAUGUUUAGGCGUACUACAAGGUCACACAUCUCUCGUAGGUCAAAUGCAGCUCCACGAAUCCACGCUAGUAACAGGCGGAAGUGACGGCGCAAUUCGCAUCUGGGACCUCGAAACCAAUCAAUGUGUUCAUCGGAUCGCCGCGCACGACAACUCUGUCACCUGCCUACAAUUCGACGAAAAACGUAUUGUAUCCGGUGGGAAUGACGGACACGUCAAAUUAUGGGAUGUACAAACCGGCAGCUUUAUCCGCGAGUUAACGACUCAGGGAAAUGCUGUGUGGCGAUUGGCUUUCAACGAUACGAAGGCGGUGAUUCUGCUACAACGUGAAUCGAAGACCGUGAUGGAGGUUCUUGACUUUGAUGAAUGUGAUCAUCUUAGUGGCGAAUGUGAUGAUACAUGGAACUGUUGA